GCUGGCAAACCUCUUGCUACAUUUCAAAGGAGGAGGUGCCCUUAUUGACUAAUCAAAUAGUCGAUGCAAACUGCGUCAAUUAUUCUAUUAGGUGAUUGUAAGGCAGAAAUGCUGAAUGGAGGAAUGAUCUGAGUAAAUUUUAAGGCCUGCCACCUGUAAUGGAUAUAAGUGAUGUAAUUUAUCACUAUGUACUCUUGUAAAUGUUGUGCAGAAUUGUAAAUUGCAAGAAAAUGUUUGUAAGACCAUUAAUAAGGGAAAAGCUGUUUAAAAUGUAGUUUUCCAAAAUGGAGUCCAAAACUCCAUUUUGUACCUGGAACUUUCCAGAUUUGUCUUUUACAAUUGGGUAUGGCAUAGAAUGUGCAGGUAGAAUAUUUGAGUUCAAAACCUGAGCUACCUGUCAGUUAAAUUUGCAUAAACAUGAAUAUGCAUGAGCAUUCCUAUUAGCCAACCAAUUCAAACCACGCUGGAAAAGCAUCCUUGCCAUGUCCAAUCAGUUUAAAACAUCUAGAUAAUGAAUAUGCAUGAAACCACCCUAUAUAAGUUUGGACCGAACGUCAGUUCGUGCUGGUUCCCGGACGUAGCUGGGACCUGCAGCAUCAUGUGUUUCGUCGGGUUAGUAGAACAUCCUAGCCUGGGCUCUUUUCAGAAAGAAUACCUUAAUGGUAUUUUCCAUAUAUAGAAUCUUUAGUAUCUUAAUGGUACUAGGUAUCCUUGUGGUACCGAACAUCUUUAUGGUGUUCUAGUCUUCUUCCUUGGGUUACAUGACGGAAGGUCAUUUUCCUACUUUUAGUUUAGUGUAGUUUAGUUCUUAGAAUAGGAUAGAUCUCCCAUGUGUCAGCGACAGGUGCGUCGGUCAACGUAAGGUCGGCCGUCAUCGUGUUUGUUCGACGGGUGCGUCGGAGAGUGUAGGGUUUUAUUUUAGGAUUAGGAUAAGUUAGGUACAGGGUCCACCAUCGCCGGUUCGAGACGCUACCGAAGAGCGUGAAAAGGGCUGACGAGAGAACGAUCCGUGGAAGACGAAUCGCCGGUCGUCGUUCCCAAUUCCUGCCUUCGUGAAACUAUCUUGCCUCAAAUCGCCCGACGAGGGAUCGCCUGGUUGUUCCUCGCCCGAGGCUCCAAAACAGCCAAAGGCUUGAGGUCACCAGCUUCUGCGGCUCCACUAUCGUCGAAGACUCUGGUAAUAUUCAAGGAUUUGAGGGGACUUCCCCUUCUUAUCCUUUAGGUUAUUGUGGAACGGGGACUGCCCCCGGGUUAAUGUUAAAUCAAGAUAUUGUGUUUUAAAAUUUUACUUUGUCAAACAAUAUAGUCCUAUUGUUAUAAAAUUUAUACCUGGACUUAUGUUUUUUUUAUUCAUUGCGGUUUUGCACUUUAAACGGUAAAUAGAUACGGAUAGAGGUCCAACCUGUUUUACCAUCCCUAGAGGAUUGGGAAGUGCCGAGCAUUUCUUUGAGCAUUGCCCUCUUACACCUUUGGUAUCCUUAAUCUGUUGGUACUUAUUAAAAGUAUUCACGUAACAGAGUUUGGCGACCGCGGCAGGACCUCUCUAAAGUGCAAUUAAUUGGAUUUUUACACAAUAUCUCGAGUUAACAAAGGGUUUCCCUGGGUGAAUACUGUUAACGUUGUGGGUUUAGAUAGAUAAAGGCAGCUAGGAGGGGAUAGGUAUCCCUGGGCCGUGGAUUGGCCACCCAUAGUUUGGGGUCCCCAGGAGCCUCCAAACUGCCCAAUGUCUUUCUCUUAAUCCUGACCGAAGACGGUUCACCCUUAUUUCGGUCCCUGCGCCUUUAAGAGGCCUAGCAUAGUAAGUUAAAGCCUAGAAUUAAGUAGGUUGUCUCAGUUCGAGCUGCUAAGUUCGAACAGAGAUAGGUUUAGGUUAGGUUAAAUAAGGUCAGUGUCUCGAGAUAAGUCUCAGUUCGGACUAGGAGUAGUCCGAGGCAAGCAAUUCGAGGCUGACAGUGAGACUCUGUCUAAGGCUUAGUCCUUCUGGGUGGUUCGACUCUGAGGAGUUCGAGCCAGGGAUCCGGAACUCUCUGCGCAUUUUCAGAGAGCCCCUCUUGGUUACCUGGUCCAAGAGCCCGUUGGUCCUUAAGCCGUAACAGAAGUAGUUCGAAUUUGAGAGGUAUCAAACCAAGAGGUCUGGACUAGCAAGCCAGAAACCUCAUUUUAAACCCCUCAUAAAGUUUUCCUUUGAGGGUUCCGAACAUUCGCAGUUCCGCCAUUUUGGGUUGGCGUAGAACGUUCGGGGUAAUUUAAAUAGGUUAACGUUUGCAUAAGGUGAUUUGCAUAUUGGAACGCUGCCUAGCACGGAACGUUCAUUGGCGUUGCUUGGCAACCGCCGCUUCCUGCGUGCAGCACCUUAAAGGAGCAGCGCAGUUUACUGUACAGGGUUCCAAAGAGUACCAAACCCAAACUGCACAGCUAUUCUGAUAGUUUGAAGGUAAAUUCUGUGGGACAGUGAGGCUUGAUCAACCUACUGUACCCAAUAACCCCAGAAUUUAUCAGGUUUCAUUCAGCUUUGUGAGUUGGUAAGUAGCUCACAGAGUCUAGCCCGACGUGAUGGCAACCAAAGUAUUCGGACUUGAAGGCUGUCGAUUCCCGGAGCAGUCUAAUAAAUGUUGUCUUGAGUCGGAUAUUAAUGAAUAUGUAAAGAAUGUAAAUGUUUGGGAUGUUACUGAAUUAACUGGUGUUAAAAGCCUAGAUAAUUUUAAGGUUAUGUGGGAAAAUUACAUAACUAGUAAACCAAAACCCAACAAGAAGACAAAGAAAAGAGCUCUCAUUCACAGUCUGGCUGUGAUAACCAGAUCCCUGAAUGAGGAGGUACAAAGCUUAGGAAAACAAUUUAAGGAUGCUCAAGAAGUAAGGUUGUUACAGGAUGCAACCAUUGAAAAUUUAAAAUCUGAAUUGGCUAAAAGAGAAAAGAAAUAUGAAUUGAUUUGUACGCAAAAGGAUGCUUUAACUCGGCAAAUGGAAGAAGUCAUGGGUAGAUGUCAGUAUCUAGAGAAUGAAUUAUCCAAUAAUGCAGUCAAGUUUAAUGACUCGAAGGCAACUAUCAGACACCUCUUAGAUGAUAAGAGGCAACAGGUUUCUGUAUCGGCGGACCACACCAAAUGUCAGGAAAAGAUUGUGGAACUGGAACAAAAAUUGGGUCUGGCAAGAGGAUUUGUCUCUGCCAUAAACGAAGGAAUAGAGAAGGACAUUUAUGAAAACACCCUUCUAACCAAACAGUUAGUAGAAGGUAUGAUGGAACCUAUAAUUACCACCGAAGUGUUCCACCCUGGAGAUCCAACUCCAGUGGUGAAAUAUGAGAGGAGGAUCUUAUCACCGGAACAAGCGAGAGCCGUAGGGCAAAAUUUGGGACCUUGUAGAAGAUCCAAUGCGCUUAAUUGGAUGGCAAAGCUGGCCAGAACCAAUUUGACUAGUGAUGAUAUUCUGGUGGUCUUAAGAGAAUGCUUACUACCUAAAGAUUUCAUUGCAUUCCCUGCAGACCUUGCCACUACCAUCAAUCCCUACUUCAACCUGAUGUUUAAAGCUAUUUAUAAUGUAUUUUACCCGAAUGAUGAUAUUCGAGGUACAUAUUACACAGAUAAACAGCUUGAAGAACUAUACUUUAUCUGA